CAUAGUUGUCAGUCAGAUAGUUAUAUAGUGUAAUGUCAUCAAUCCUUAUCUCCGGCAUAUAGAGCCACUUUGACUCUUUGGGGUAGGAAUCAUUUCUGGCUGAGUGAACUAUAAAUGUUUUUAAUCUACAAAGUGGAGUUCAUAAAAUUACUUUUAUUUAAAAACAAUUUAAAGUAUUUAUAUUAGGUGUUAAAAUGAGGGUCAUGGACCGAGAAACAUUUUGGAGGGUACUGUUAAUCUUUGCUGUCAUAUUCGCACAAACCGUAGUUGCUGCGAAGAAACAGCGAACAGCAGUUUUAUCAGAUAUAAGCGAUGUUAAGGAUAUGAAAAAGCUCUUAAGAACUAAGACUAAUGUUUUGAUAUUAUAUUUGAAUGAACUGAAGGGUUCGCAAGCUGUACUAGAUGUUUUCAAGUCUACUGCGGAUGCUAUGAAGGGUCAGGCUACACUGGCCAUUAUAGACUGCAGUAGUGGUGAAGGCAAGAAGUUGUGUAAGAAACUCAAGAUAUCUACAGAGAAACCUUACUAUUUGAAACACUACAAAGAUGGUGAAUAUCAUAAGGACUACGACAGAAACGAGUCCAUUAAUUCAAUGUCUAAUUUCCUGAGAGAUCCCACUGGAGAUCUGCCGUGGGAUGAGGACUCAACUGCCACUGACAUAUUCCAUCUCCAGGAUAGCGAGGCUCUUACAAAGUUCUUGAAGAAAGGAGCUGGCGCUUAUAAAAAGUCAAUGAUUAUGUUCUAUGCCCCCUGGUGUGGAUAUUGUAAGACAUUGAAGCCUGAGUAUGUAAAGGCUGCAGCUGAAUUGAAGGGCGAAUCUCUCCUCGCAGCGAUUGAUGUUUCAAAACCAGGAAACUCCAAAAUAAGACAAACAUACAACAUAACAGGAUUUCCCACUUUGUUGUUCUAUGAAAAGGGACAAUACAAAUUCCCGUACAAUGGUGAGAACAAGAAACAGGCGAUUGUAGAUUUUAUGAGGGAUCCCUCGAGUGCUAUGCAGCAGAAGAAAAAGGAGGUUGUUGAUGAAGGAUGGUCUGAUGACACAGAUGUUGUGCAUUUAACAGCAAGCAAUUUUGACGACACAUUAUCAAAAUUUGAACACGCUCUAGUAGUUUUUUACGCGCCGUGGUGCGGCCAUUGCAAGCGUAUUAAACCGGAGUUCGAAAAGGCAGCUGCUAAGAUAAAGGCAGAAAAAAUCAACGGCAUAUUGGCAGCGGUCGAUGCGACUAAACAACCUGAUUUGGCCUCCCGUUUUGGAGUGAAGGGCUAUCCUACCCUUAAAUACUUCAAUAAAGGCGAAUUUAAGUUUGAUGCUGGCCAUGCCAGGCAAGAAGAUCAGAUUGUUGAUUUCAUUAAGGACCCGCAGGAGCCCCCGCCGCCGCCGGCUCCGGAGAAGCCGUGGGCUGAGGACGACUCGCCCGUGCGCCACCUCGACUCCGCGUCGUUCAGAAACACUCUACGCAAAAUCAAACACGCCAUCAUUAUGUUCUAUGCACCUUGGUGCGGUCAUUGCAAAAGCACUAAGCCUGAGUUUAUAAGGGCAGCUGAGAAGUUUGCCGAUGAGCUCAUGGUCGCAUUCGGUGCUGUCGACUGUACCGCUGAGAGAGACCUGUGCGCCACCUACGACGUCAAGGGAUACCCCACUAUCAAGUACUUUAGCUACUUCGAUAAGACUGUCAAAGAAUAUACCGGUGGCAGAAAGGAAGCAGAUUUUGUUGCGUUUAUACACAGCCAAAUAGGCACUAGUCCGACUUCUCAAAAGGUUAAAACAGCUCAAGCUUCUGGCUUCGGGCAAGACGUGACAGUUAUCAGUGACGCCAACUUCGAAGAGAUUAUAGCUUCGUCUAAACCUAGCUUCAUAAUGUUCUUCGCCUCAUGGUGUGGGCAUUGCACGCAAGCGAAGCCUGCGUUCAGUGAACUUGCUGCAUCGCUGAAAAGCAGCGACAUCAACGUGUACGCCGUGGACGCAGCCGAGAACCCCAAGGUCGCCGACAUCGCCGGCAUCCAGUCGCUCCCGACCUACAAAAUAUUUGCCAAUGGCAAAAUGCUGGCCGAGUACACUGGCGACCGGUCUACCGCGGACAUGCUGAGUUUCUGCAAGAAAUACGCUAAGGUGAAAGACGAGUUGUGAUCCAAGUGGUUCCUUAGCGCCCAGUUUAAUAUAUACACGGGACGCCUUGUACUGAGAGCUAAGCUCUUCGGAAAGUUCUUUCUCAUCAUUGUUCGUCUGUGAAUGUUCUACUUCACGUGUAUUCGGUAUUAUAUAAUAAGCUUCACUUGUUCGACAGUGUGUAGCGACUCAAAUUGAACUAUAAGACUUUCGGACUAUUGACAAUACACGUAAUUUGUUAGUUUCUAUCUUCUAAGAUCUAUUAUAUAUAUACUUAUAUAUAAUAUCUAUAUAUAUAUUUUUGCAAUAUUAUUUUGGGCAGUUUGUUGUGCUCUAGAUGAAUUAGCUGCUAAUAAAAUAUAUGUAUGUAGUUAUCAAAAUUACUAAAAGACUAAUGAAUACAUAUUAUUCUAUGAAUUAUUAAAAUUUUACAAAAUGAAUAUUCAUUAUUAUUAAUACAUAGUUACGUUAUUGAUGUACGUGUUGUUUCUGUAUUUUAGUCAAUGGCAUAUAACAAUGAAAUUAUAUACGAAUCUUUCUAUACAAUUAUAAACUACUUAGACAUAUUAGUCAAUAUUACUUGUGUGUAGAAAAUACUUUACUAUACGUAUAACGCAUAAUAAUCUACGUAAAUGUCGCAGUUGUAGUCAACAGUUUAACAGAUAAUUAAUCGGUACUUAAGUGUAAUAGUAAAUAGUUAUGAUAUAUAAGUAGUAUUUACUCAGUCAAUGUAUUUAUUAAGUGCUAGCUGCACGUGUAUUCCAAUCAUCGGUGAGUGAUUGCCAAAUGGUUAAAAAAAAUGUAUUUAGAUCGUUGGUUCCAAAAGACUAAUUGUUGAAGACUAAAGAUUGUUACGAAUGGCCUUGGCAAUCAGAGUAGUAUUUAUUGUUAAAUGUCUCAUUAUGGAGAAAAAUAUCAAAAAAAUAAGCAAUGGAAUAAACAAGAUUAUAAUCUAUAUUUAUGUAGUUUGUCGUUAUAUUAUAAACUAUUAUGAAAAAUAUCUUUAAUGUAGUAUUUGUCAUCGAUGUUUGUCUUGUAGUAAGUAACAUAAAAAGGUUUUAAUUGUUGCUCUGUAACGCUUUUUCCAUAGCUCUUAGGUCAAGGACCGACGAGCGCGCUUACUAUUUUCAGUGUCUUAUAGAUAUCUACAAACUAUUUAUUAUUUAUUAAUAUGUAUAAGUAUACGCAUUGUAUUGCUCUUCGUCGUCAACGUGUAGAGAAAUAAAAUAAAAAUAUUAUGUAAUGAAUUUCUUGUUAAGUAUGUCAUCACAAUUUAGUUAUUAUUAUUAUUCUCCAUUAUGUAUAGCGACAAAGCUGGUGGACUGUUUUUCGGUUUUAGAACCAUAACUUAACUGUCUGUCGCCUGAAGAAUUAGCAUUUAAUAACAUGGGCACACAUUCCCUGUACUUACAAAUAUUAUUUUGUUUUAUUUUACAGUCUUAAGUUAACAUUUGGCAUAUUUCCACGUCGAUUUAUGAACCAUGUGAUAGGUGAGCGCCAUUUUGAAUAUGUAUUGUAGCUAUUGUUUUGUAUCUGAUAUUAAGUUUAUCACAGUAUUUAUAUUGUUGGUUAGAAAAUCAAAUCAAGUAUACGUAUUAAUGUAUUUAUAUUUUUAGUCUUCCAGUUUUUAUUCCAAUGAAGGUAGUUGUUUUACUUUUAAAUAUAUGUCUAUAGUACUAAGUUAAGUUGCUAUGAUUAUUUCUGUGGUUCUGAAGUUUCUAAUGUGAAUUUUUGAACAGUCAGUAUUAAGACUUGUCUAGCUCACAAUUUAUUUUAAGACCAGUAAUGCAUUUAUUAAAUACGUUAUAAUUCACGAGACUAAUUCACAAAGAGAAACAGACAUGCAACUUAACCUAGUCCUUCAAUAGCUUAUUGUUAAGAAUAAAUAUUUAUCUCAAAAAAUGUAAUCAAUUUUGCAGACCUGACAGUCUUAAAAUAAAGCAAGAUUUUAAUCAUUGAAGCAAGGCUCAAACGAAGGCAUUGCUGCUCUUUUAUCUAUUAUUGUGUUUAAUCAUAUUUUAUACGAAACUUCAGGGUUAAGAUGGACGUUCUUUCAUAGUUAUUACGAGCUUAAAAUAUUUUUUUAAAUAACUCUACUAUCCUUCGCAACUAUUUUGUCGCGUAAAUAGUUAUUGUAACGCUUAGGAUGUUCGCUAAUUAAAACCAUAAUAAUUUUGA